UACAAAAUGAUUUCUCUGAGGACAGGAUCAUUGAUAUCGGUAUUCGUAGUGAUUUUAGCCUACUUGUACGUUCAAAAGUAUGGAAAAGAAUCCAAACCACCGCAACCGAUUGACGGGGAACAGAAUCGAUUGUAUCAAGUUUUGUCAGGCCUUCUGCGAGCCGAGAAAAAAGUGGCUCUGAUUGGAAGUCGAGUAGCGCUUGGAUUCGGAGGCUGUCAAGACAUCCUUGUAGAGGCAAUGCCUCUGUUUAAAAAAUUAGAUAUCCAGCCUCCAUCUAGUCCUUUGCAUCAUGACUCUGUGGAGACGGAAGAAGAAUUAUCACAAUUGUUAGCCUACUUUUUCAAGCACGGUGCAGCAGCCGAGCGAUAUGUCAGCAAUGAUACCCUUUUCAAAGAACUGACUGACACAUCAAAGACUUUACCAGGGAACCGUCUCUUCCUGGGUGGAAAUGCUCCAGUAAUGGCACGCCGAUUAGCUAACAUGGGAGCAGAUGUCUUGUUGGGUGCUAGAUUUGCUAAAGAUCUCAUCAACACCAUGCCAGAUAAUGUCAAGAUUGUAGGUGAUGUUUUGGAGGAGAAUGACAUCCAUCUGUUAUUAGAAUACAAGACUGGUGAAGUCUGGGGAGAGUAUCGUGCACCUCGGGCUAACAGGCUGAUUGUACACAGUGAUAACAGUAACCCUUACCUAGAGACUCUAGAAGCACUGGAGAAAGAACUGCCAAACUUUGACCCUUCCGUUCUGGUCAUCGGUGGACUACAAAUGAUGGACAACUUUCCAUUUAAAGAAGGGGAAAGAUUGGAACGUCUACAUAAACUUAAAAACAUGCUAAUAAAAACACCAAAGAAAACAAGCAUUCAUUUUGAGAUGGCAUCAUUUUCCGAUGAAACUCUGAUGCAGGAGAUUUUGGACAAUGUAAUUCCUUAUUCUGAUUCCCUGGGGAUGAAUGAACAGGAACUUCCUAAUCUAGUCAGUAUGCUGACCAAUGGCAACAUAUCACUGGUAGCAGAUGCUUAUCCUAGAGUAGCAUCUACGCUAGAUGAAAUGCGAUUGAUCUAUAAGAAAUUAAAGAACACAGAAGAAAUUGAUGGUAAGCGUAAAUUGACACGACUUCAUGUACAUACACUGGCAUACCAAGCCAUUCUAACAACCAAAGGCUCUGCAUGGAGAAACACUAUGGCUGCAGCUGCCAAAGCUUCACUGACAGCAUAUCGUCAUGUCUGCGAUUCAAAAGUCGUGGAUUUGAUGAAGGCUCGACUCAUCAUGGAUGAAUCAUUUUCCACAAGUACAAUGCCACCUGCACAACGUAUAGCCUUACAAGAAGACCGCCCAGUGUCAUGUUGGGAGGAAGAUGACUACCAGAUCUGUAUUGCCCCUGUGCUGGUGUGUACAAAGGUUAAACAGACAGCAGGUGGAGGGGACAAUAUAUCUUCUGCGGGGUUGAUUGUACAAGUUGAGUAAUUUUUAGAAAUUGUUAAUCCAUAAUUUACUGUGGAAAAUGUGCAAAUUUAGGGUUAGGGUUAGAUUUUAAAUAAGUCAUCGAAAUAGAAUUUCAAUAUCCAUAUUUUAUGAUAAACAUUAAAAACAUUAUUCACCAUUUUUGAAGUAAUUUGAAAACUAUUUUUAUUACCACCAACAUUCCCAAAACAUUCUUCAAAUUCCUUGAAUGUCAUAUUGCUUUCCCUUCCUGAUACUUAAACAAUCACUUUCAUGACACCCUGUAUGAUUAAUCUUGAUUAAUAAUGAUUGUAUCGUGUACAUUAUGAAAAUAAACACCAGGUAAAUCAGGUACUGGUUCAUGAAUUUGAAAUUUGAGGAAAAUGAGACUCUGGUGUUACCAUAACUUCAACAAUAACAGAGAACUUGUUUGUCUUUCUUGAAUCAAUAUUGAUGCAUUUCAUAUACAAGUUACUUUGCAUACAUAAUUCUUACAGCCAUUAUAGAGGUUUAAAAGUUUCAAAAGAAAAGUAUUUAUGUACGGCUUUUAAAAUUGUAUUUUAUUUUUUUAUUGUAAAUUUCUGAUUUUACAGCACUUAAGAAAUUUGAAUUGAAAGAAAAAUGUAAAUAGUGUUUGACAUAUUACAUAAUGAAAACUUGUAUGUACAUCUACAAUUUUGUGAUAUAUAUACUAUUCAUUUACACAUAUCAGUUUAUAAAAACACUAUUUAUCACUGAUUGUUUCAUUAAGAAUCAAUUUUUUGUACCCGCAAUAGCCUUUGAUUGCAUUUUGAAAUCUUUGUCUUUGUCCAUUCACAUACACUUGUCAAAAAUAUUUCCUAAUUAACUUAAUCACAGCUUAAAAUAUCUCUAAAAAUUGAUUUUACUCGCUCCUUAAAAAAUAAGGUAUUGUUGAUUUUACAGCAGGAAUUUAUAUCUUUGCAAACAUUUGCCAAGAUUAUGUGAUAUAUUUACAUGUUUUAACAUAAUAAUAAUUAUUUUUGUGUUAAUAGUGAGGUCUUGUACUUGUUCAAAUUUGUAAUAGUCCCAGUUUUUUUAUAAUGUUUUUUGUCCUUUUUUUUAUAUAUAUAUAUAAUCCUUUACUACAUGUGCACAAUGUUACGUUUUAUUUGUUCCACACUUGCUGUGUCCUUAUGUAGCGGAAGAAAACUGAGAUAUAUUUCCUACCAAAGAAAUCCAUUGACAGAUCAUAGUAGAUCUUCUAUAUGUCUCUUAGACUUCAGAACAUAUCGGUAACAGUACUGAAGAAAUAAGAAACCUUCGCAGAUACAUAAAUUAAUUAUCUCCCCUAGAUCACUAACAACUGCAAUUAUUUGAAUUUGUGAUACAUGGGCUUCUGUAAUUUGCAUCACCCAGUAUUUACUUUUUAAUUUUUAUUAUCAUGUUACAUACCAAUUUCUUAUUUCAAUAAUUUUCAUGUAAUUGAUUUUUAUAUAAAAAUUAAAUAAAUUUAGAUUGAUAAUUGAUAGUCACCGAAAUUGAAUUGGUCAUUUUAAGAAAAAGGUGUCUCUUAAUGAAUGGUAAAGGAAUGUUUUGAUUUUGUCUCUGCUAUAAUACAUGUGUGUUCAGUUUUCUAUAGUGAUUAUACAUAAUCUGUUUUGCUUUGUAUUUACCACACAUUUCUUUAUAUACAUAUACCAUAGUCAAAGAUUGAAAUAAAAAUGUGAAUAUAUAUUAGUCAUAUUUGCAAUAUGAAAUGUAUUUCAUGUCCAUGUACAAGUAUAUAUAUUCUUUAUCAUGGUGAACAUUUCUUGUUCCUAGUAUAUAGGACACAUUCUGUUACAAACCCUGUUUAGAAAUUGUUUUUGUGAGUGCACUCUGUAUAAUGAGAGGUGCCAAAUGCUGUCAAAAGACCAGCUUGAUCUUCAAACUAAGACUGUUUUGAAUUUAGUCUGAAUUAUUCUUAUAUUCAUCAACUUAAGUUCCGAUAAAAAGAAGUCAAUAUGAUGUCAGAUUUAUUUGAACUAUUUUGAUUUACAAUCUCUAAGUAAGAUUUUAUUCCACGUAAGUGUGUACAUUUUCUGUUAGAUUAUGCAUUUACCCCUAUAUUUUUGCUCAUCUUUUAGCUUUCUUUAAACCUCUGAGAAUAUGGACGUAUGGACAAGGCUAUGAGUGGAAGAAUCAUUUUAUCGGUUAAUUGUGCCUUGACUUUAUUUGAAAGAAAAUGCCAAUCCUGGAAGUUUGCUCAUUGAUUAUUCAGUUCGUUUUUAUCACGUCUGAAUAGUGAACACCUUGUCAUUGUUUUUGUUGAUUGUUCAAUUGAUAAAUAUAAACAGUAGAAUACAAGUGAGAGAUUUAAAUUAUUAUUAUUAUAAUGGUAUCUUCAUCUAUCAUUAAGUUUUAUAAACUGUUUGAUAUUUUAUAAAAAUUAUGUAGAUAAAAUUUCUUUAUCUCUUCAAUAGAAUAAUGUACUAUCUCAGACUGAUUUCGAAGUGAAUAUUCUAGUGUUCCUUAAUGAACUAUAGGCACAGAUUGUUCGUGCUGUCCUUGUUCAUUACAUCGAAUUACAUAAUUUAGAAGUUUAAUAAUGAUUUUCUCACUCCCAGUUUAUCAAGACAAUGUUUCGGCUCUUGAUAUUGUUGUUAAAUGAUUACGACUCUCUGUGAGGUGGUUAUGCUAUAAUAUAAGCCCACAGAUAUAGAUGUGAAAUAAAGAACAUCAUACAGAUUUGGAUGUAUUUGGGAAGUAAGCUGAAAACAAGUAGGACUGUCACAGUUUCUCUCCUUAAUAUAGGGAAUAAAAAGGGAGGUCAGAGCUGUAAGCAGUUAUAAAAAAUAUACUUAGUGCAACUUGUCCACUCAGUAUCUUCUAAGGUAGAUUUAUCUGUACCUUUCUAGUCCUUCCUGCCUCCCAUUGGCUGUCAAGCUGAUCAUUAUACCUAUAGUACUGACAGAGUGAAACGAAGGCCAGUAACUUUGGGAGAUCAAAAUGUAUUGUAGACAAUUAGGUACUUUUUUUAUUCUUCUCUGCCAGUCAAACAUUUCUUACUAAAUUGCCUCCCUCUCAUUACUAUAAUUAUUACUACUUAUUGAAUAGCAAUGCUGCAUCAAGCCUUUAGUCUUACCUUAUAGAACAUCAUACAGAGUUCUGAUGUGAAAAAUUUGGUGUUAUGGGAUUUGGAAAUUGUACAAUUCCUUUUGUGUUAUGUGUCAUGUAUCAACACCACUUGUACCUAUAUGUUGAUAAGAAACGUACAUAAAAUGGCUUCUGAAUUUUAAUUUGUACUGAAAAUUGUGGUAUAUUUUUCUGAAAAUAUCGAAAUUAGGAACAACAUUUGACUGAAACGAAAGUACAUAUGAAUAUUUUUUAUGAGAUGGUGCUUCAUAUGUACAUACCUACCAAAUCUUGGUUAUCCCUACACACACAAUAUGUGUUUAUAUAUAUAUAUAUAUAUAUAAUAAUUGUAUUAUAUACCAUAAUGACCAGCUUGAUUUAAUGAUCUCAUUUAACACAGACUGAUAGAAUUUUUCAUACCCUUGGGGCGAAAUGGGAUGAUCUCAACCGUAGGGGAAAAGGUUUUAAAAUUGGCCUUAUUUGCCAAGUGAUUGGCAUCUAAUAAUCUUUUCCCAAGGAUUGAGAUUACCCGGUCUUAUCCUCAAGGAGGAGAAUGAUUAUUUUUCUCUUAACCUUCUGGGUUUGUUUACAGCAAGUGAUAUGUGAAUUCUUAGCAUUGUUGAAUUGAUUUUAUUGAAAUGCUGAUGUGACAUCAUUGAAGUGUAGCUGUGAAGUCAAACCAUAGUCCUUACGGGUGAAUCCAUCGUCUUCUAAUGGGAAUGAUAAGAAAUUUCACCCCAUUGAAAGUGUGGAUGGACCUGUCCAGGGUAAGAAUAGUAAUAUUUUCCUAUCAUAACAUGGGUAAGGUAAAAUCUGUGAUUAAUAGCAGAGACUUCUAGAUAUUCAAGUCCAUGUUGACAUAAUUGUUCUGUUUACACAUGUCUCCAUUAGUUAAUAAAAUUGUUACCCGUGUUGUU